CCGCCUCCUUUGCGGUAAACUCGUUUUGAUUGGCCCAAAGACCUAGCAAUAACUUCCGGUAACCAAUCAGCGUUAAGAAUCGGGAACUUGUUGAUGACGUUUAUCACUUGCCGGAAGAGAGGUCGCAUGUUCACGAACAUUUAACGUCCCGUGAAGGAAGCUCAAAACCUCUGAUAGUUGAUAAACGGAUGCAAAACUGUUCGGAAAUGUGUCCGGACUGUUAGCGGAGGUGUUUGGGAUCGUGAACACCACCUGCCGCGGAUAUUCUAAUGAUUAGCUGAAGUACUUAGCAUGAAUAGCUUCCAUGUGAGGCUCUGUAGGCUUCUGGUUGUGAACGGCAGAGCUGUAACUGCCGCUGUGACGGCCCCACGCUGCGAUUAUUCUCCUUACCGGACUGUUUUCCACUUUUCCCGGUCAAUGGCGACCUCUGGGAAUCAGUUCUCAGCGAAGAGGCCGCAGAAGGAGCCACUCCGCCGGCUGAAGACCAAGGAGAGCCGAGACAAGCGGGGAGACGUUCACGGACCGUCCAACGUGUACGUUCAGGUGGUCGGAGCGGGAAGCAGGGACAGCGCCGCGUCGCUUUACGUCUUCUCAGAGUACAACAGGUACCUGUUCAACUGUGGAGAAGGAACCCAGAGACUCAUGCAGGAACACAAGCUGAAGGCGGCGCGGCUGGACAACAUCUUCCUGACCCGACUGAGCUGGGAGAAUGUGGGAGGCCUGUCAGGGAUGAUAUUAACCCUGAAGGACACGGGCGUCCCUGAGUGUGUGCUCUCUGGACCUCCACAGCUUAAGAACUACCUGCACGCCAUAAAGUCCUUCUCUGGCCCUCUGGAGGAGAUCAAGCUGUCUGUUCGACCGUACACUGAGGAGAUGCACAAAGAUGAAACCAUGACUGUGUACCAGGUCCCCAUAUUUGCCAGAUCAGGAAUCGACAGAGGGAGAAACUCACCGCAGGCUGGCAGAAGCAGCCCCAGCCGCAGAUCGCCAAAGAGAGACGGACCGGAGCGCAAAACCAGAGAAGAAGAAUCAGGUGAAAGAAGUGCAGCAGCCAGAGACUCCUCCCUGGUGAUCGCCUUUGUGUGCAAGCUUCAUCCUAAGAAGGGGAACUUCUUGGUGGCUAAAGCCAAAGAUCUGGGUCUGCCGCUAGGAACAGCAGCGAUUGGUCCGCUCAUCAGAGCUCUGAAAAACGGAGAGACCAUCAUGCACGACGGAAUAGAGAUCCGGCCGGAGCAGGUCUGCACCCCGGCUGACCCGGGGCCCGUCUUCCUGGUGCUGGAGUGUCCGUCUGAGGAGUUCCUCCCAGCGCUGUGCUCCAGCCAGCAGCUCAGACGGUUCCAGGACGGCGGGACGGAGGAUCCGGCCGCGCUGGUGGUCCACAUGACUCCCGAGUCCGUCCUGGAGACGGAUCAGUACAAAGAGUGGAUGGAGAGGUUCCCGUCGUCAACAGAACAUCUGAUCCUCAACGAACACGUCAACACGGUCCACAACGUCCGGAGCCACAAGAUCCAGACGCAGCUCAACAUGAUCCACCCGCACAUCUUCCCUCCGCUGAGAGCAGCCAGAGCAACGGAACCGCAGGCGGCCCUACGCGUCCCGAACGUCCGAGCCGAGUGUCUGCUGAAGUUCCAGCUGCGACCCGUCAUGGAGUGGCAGAGAGACGCCGUUCCCUCCUGCAGCACGGAGGAGUUUGUGAAGGAAGCUUCUGAGAUCCCAAACUUCCUGGAGGAAGUGGAGAAGUGCCGGACGGCCUGUCCAGAGGGUUCUGGUCCGGCUGACGGAUUCCCACACGUUGUGUUUCUGGGAACCGGGUCGGCGAUCCCCAUGAAGACCAGGAACGUGAGCGGAACGCUGGUCAACAUCAGCUCCAGUCAGUCGCUGCUGCUGGACUGUGGAGAGGGAACCUUCAGUCAGCUCUGCAGACACUACGGCGACGCCGUGGACGCGGCGCUGUCCAGGAUCUCCACCGUCUUCGUCUCCCACCUCCACGCUGAUCAUCACACGGGCCUGAUAAAGCUGCUGCAGCAGAGGCAACGCGCGCUGGCCAGCCUGGGAAUCCCCUUCAGCCCCGUCUACCUGGUGGCUCCGGUCCAGAUCCUGGCCUGGCUCGGUCAGUACCACGACUUCUGUGAGGAAAUCCUGCAUCACUUCAGUCACAUCCCCAGCAGGAGUCUGUGUGAUGACGCUGAUGUUUCCAAGCUGAAGCUCGAUUCGUCGCUCCAGUCCAUGCUGAGGAAGACCAGCCUGCAGCAGUUUCGGACCUGCCUGGUGCGCCACUGCAGGAACGCCUUCGCCUGCAGCUUUGUGCACCAGUCUGGCUGGAAGCUGGCCUUCUCUGGAGACACCAUGCCCUGUGACGCGUUCGUCCACAUCGGAAAUGAAGCGACGCUGCUGAUCCAUGAAGCCACGCUGGAGGACGAGCUGCUGGAGGAAGCUGUGGAGAAACGACACAGCACGACCUCGCAGGCCAUCGGCGUCGGCAUGAAGAUGAACGCCGACUUCAUCAUGUUGAACCACUUCAGCCAACGCUACGCCAAGAUCCCGCUCUUCAGUGAAGACUUCAGUGACAAAGUGGGAAUUUCCUUCGACCACAUGAAAAUCUGCUUCAGAGACUUUAAAACUCUCCCUAAACUCACUGCUGCUCUGAAGGCGCUGUUUGCGGAGGAGCUGGAGGAGAUGGAGGAGCGGCGGGAGCGGCGGGAGCGGAGGAGCCCUGGAGGAGGAGGCUGCAGCCAGGCAGGAGCAAAGAGAGGCCAGCAGGGGGCGCCGCUGCACAGCGGCGACUCAAAGAGGCUGAAGUCCAGCUGAUUCCUCUGCAGGAACAGAAACAAUCGUUUUAUUUAUGAGACACUUUUUAUUUACCGCAGAAAUAAUUUUCCUGGUGAUGCUGUGAAAAUAGUUAGAUUUUUGUUGAGCAGAAUAAAAAUCUUCACACUGA